GGCACUACGGCCCACCAGGACCCACUUAAUAGACCCCCGCUCUAGUUAAUAUUUACACACCGAUUGUCACGCUGAGGUGUAAAUGUGUAACAGGUAAUGGUGGAACCUGUAAAACAGCGAUUUUAUGAAGCGUGGCCCUGCAGUAAUGGACAUGUAGGACAAAAUGUAAAUGUGACACUUCUGCCCCCCAGUUCACACCAGCUUGCACGCUCCGGCGUUAUUGAACAAAUGACAUUAGUGAAGGACGUGGGAAUCGGCACAAAGGGAGUGUCACGGGUUCGUUUGGCUAAAGCAACACUGACCGCGAGCAGCAGGGAUCACCUACUCCGCUCUGCCGGAGGUCGCUCUGCGAGUCGUGGGGUUGCGCGAAGUCGGAAUGAGCCCAUCGGUGAUCGGGGGGGCUCGCGGGCUGCUGCUCACCGCUUUCCUGCAGGUGGUGCUUGGAGAUAACUCAUGUGAAACAAAACAAAUGUGCACUGAGGUUGGAGGCGAGCAGAUCUGGUAUAUAUGGUUUUGCCUGGCACUCCUCACUCUCCUUGUCCUCUGCUUAGUCCUUCUCUGUUGCAUCCGGACCUGGCUGCUCCGUCAAAACCACCUGGCAACAACGCGGACCCUCACAGUUCUGGCACUGAAUGACUCUGAUUCUAUUUAUGUGAGCGAAUCAUCUCAGUUCCCCCACCCUGGCAGCAAGAUUCACUGUCGUCCUUCAGAAGUGAGCACUGUGUACACCGGUACUCAAGACUGUACACCCCCUCCCUCAUAUGAAGAAGUCAUGAAGACUGUCAAGUUGCAGAUUUACAGUCAUUAAGCUUUUGUGGGUUCUGCUCUCUUGUGGUAGAGUCUUCAACCAAAACCUGUUCAGUUGGACCUGAUACUUCAAAAUGGUACAAGAGUUACUUCUGUCUUUCAGCUCAAGCCACUUUGGCCCAAUCACCAUCUGCGUGAAGAUUGAGUGUUCUUCUUAUGUCCGUAUGGGUUUUACUCUUCCAUGUUUAUAAGGUCAUUAAUGUCACAUGUACAGAGAAUAGUGAACUUCUUGUUUACUUGUGCUAAUCAACAUGCAGCACAUUGUCACCCCCCAGUGCCAUGAGUAGCGAAUAUGACUGUUUAACCUUGAAACUUUGUUUUUCCUUACUUGCAAAAUCAUAAUAUCAGCAUUCUAGGAGAGAACAAAAUAAUUUCACUGAUCUGAGUUAUAAAAAUUUGAAAUACUUCUUAUUGGUGGUUGAUGGUUUCCUUGCACGCAUCACUGCUUUUAAAUUGGCCGCGUUUAAAUGAUUGUGUAUGAGGAUGUCCUGGCAGGCAAGGUUGGUUCUUGCUGGGAUAACAUCUCUCAAUCCAAAAAACAUUUUCAGAAAAUAGAUGAAUGGGUUUGGUCAAUGGCCGUCCCUC